AUGACAGCAACAAGUACAUUGUCUAAGCAUCCGAUGAAAAUUGUCUGGCUAAAUCUCAUUCUUUUGGUGUACAUUCACCUCGCUGCGGUAUAUGGCUUUUAUCUUGUUUUUACCAAAGCUAAAUUAAUGACAAAUUUAUUCGCACUUUUCUUGAUUCCAUAUUCUGCCUUGGGCAUUAGCGCAGGAGCUCAUCGCCUAUGGUGCCACAAAACGUACAAAGCAAAGACACCUUUGCGAAUUUUCAUGAUGAUUUUACAAACGACUGCCCAUCAAGGUUCAAUUUACGAUUGGUCACGUGAUCAUCGAGUUCAUCACAAGUACAUGGAUACCGACGCCGAUCCAUAUAACGCAAAACGUGGUUUCUUCUUUUCGCACAUCGGUUGGCUCAUGGUUAAAAAACAUCCGGAUGUCGUUGCGAAGGGAAAAUGCAUUGACAUGAGCGAUUUGGAAGCAGAUCCCGUCGUCAUGUUCCAACGAAAAUAUUUCAUUCCGUUGAUGAUUUUGUGCUGCUUUUACUUGCCAACGUACAUUCCUGUGUGGCUUUGGUCAGAAUCAGCAUCGACAGCUUUCUAUGUUUGCGCGGUUUUCCGCUACGUUUUUGUGCUGAAUGGCGUUUGGUGCGUCAAUAGUGUGGCACACAUUUGGGGAAUGAAGCCUUAUGAAAAAUCUAUCACGCCGAGCGACAGUACAUUCGUUAUUAAUCUCCUUAUGGGCGAAGGAUGGCACAAUUUCCAUCAUGUCUUCCCUUGGGACUACAGAUCAUCCGAACUUGGAUCAUGGGGUUUUAAUUGGUCAACUGCCUUAAUAGAAAUCUUCGCUAAAAUGGGAUGGGCAUACGAGUUAAAAACGGCCUCCGACGAAAUGAUUCGUAAACGUGUGCUGCGAACGGGAGAUGGUUCGCACGAGUUGUACAGCAAAGAAGUUGAUAUCAAUCAAAAUAUUCAGAAAUUCGAACCGGAAGAAAACGAUGAAUCAAUUUGGGGAUGGGACGAUAAAGAUUUGCGUGACAAAUCGCGUGUAGCCAAUAUAUACUACGACGACGAACAGGAGCUUACAACCAAAGAAAGUUAA